AUGGCAGUUUUGCUGCUGCACUGCAUUUUCUUCCUAUUUCAGCUGGUUUUCUCGCAGAAUUCUGAAAACCCUGAUGGAGUUGGUCUGCUGGAGUUCAAGGGCUCGCUUGAAAACCCUGAAGCUCUCCUUUCAUGGAGCCCAGCAUCCCCCCACUGCAACUGGACCGGUGUCUUUUGCACCCAUGGCCGAAGCCUCUCGAACCUAAAAUCGCUGAAAACCCUCGACCUCUCUAACAACCCAUUACAAAGCCCGAUUCCGAAAUUCAUCGGUGAUUGGCAAAACCUCACCGUGCUGAACCUCAUUUAUGCUCAGCUUAGUGGCAGCAUACCGCCUGAGAUAGGCAACUGCAAAAACCUGAAUCUUCUACUGCUUUCUUUCAACUCACUGACCGGUUUUCUGCCCAAUGAGCUGUCCGGAUUAUCCCCCACCACGUUCUCUGUCGAAAGGAAUCAGCUUUCCGGCCCUCUUCCCGCCUGGCUCGGAAAAUGGGAACAUGUCGAUGCCUUGUUGCUUUCAGAGAAUAAAUUUUCCGGAAUAAUUCCGCCGGAGAUUGGUAAUUGUUCUGUUCUGAGUCACAUUAGCUUGGAAGGUAAUUUGCUUACAGGUGAGAUUCCUAAGGAGCUCUGUAAUGCCCGAUUCCUUAACGAAAUCGAGCUCGGGAACAAUUUUCUCGGGGGAAGCCUUGACGACACUUUCAGCAACUGUAGGAACUUAACUCAACUGGUUUUGAUGAAUAACAAAAUUCACGGCGUGAUCCCUGAUUAUUUUGCCGACCUCCCGUUGAUAAGUCUUGAGCUGGAUUCGAACAAUUUCACGGGCACUAUACCCGUCCGCCUUUGGAGCUCAUCCACAUUGAUCGAGUUUUCUGCUUCAGAUAAUCAACUAGAAGGUUCUCUUCCUGCCGAGAUUGGUAAUGCCUUGUCUUUACAGGUUGUUGUUCUUUCUAACAACUACAUAACUGGAAAAAUUCCGGACGAGAUUGGGAAAUUGCAGUCUCUCAGCGUGUUGAAUCUGAACAGUAAUUAUCUAGAAGGCAAUAUUCCGGCUGCCAUUGGGAAUUGCACAGAACUCGGGUCACUCGAUUUGGGCAGUAACCGGCUCAAUGGCUCGAUCCCGGAAGAAAUUGUCGGUUUGCCCCAGCUGCUGUGCCUCAUUCUUUCCCACAAUAACCUAUCGGGACCCAUACCUUCGAAAAACUCAAAGUACUUUCAGCAGGACUCGGUUAUUCCUGCCUCGAGCUUUCUUCAGCACAUUGGAGUUUACGAUCUCUCGUUCAACCAGUUGACCGGCUCGAUACCUGAGGUGUUGGGUGAUUGUUCAGUCUUGACGUAUAUUUUCCUCAACGGAAAUUCACUCUCUGGGGAGAUACCAGACUCGUUAUCCCGGCUGUCUAAUCUCACGACGUUAGAUUUGACCGGAAACUUACUUUACGGCAACAUUCCUUUUGAAAUUGGUGAUACAAUUAAGUUACAGGGGUUGUACCUUGGGGAUAACCGGUUUACUGGUCAAAUACCCGAGACCCUCGGCAAGUUGAAUGGCUUGGUGAAACUUAAUCUGUCGUCUAAUAUGUUAUCCGGGCCGGUCCCAAUCGGUCUGAGCAAAUUAUCCGGGCUUACCCAUUUGGACCUGAGUACAAACAUGCUCACCGGCGAGCUUCCGGUUGAAUUAUCAAGAAUGGUGAAUCUUGUCGGGCUAUAUGCUCAGCAUAAUCGCCUAUCUGGCCGUAUUGACCACCUGUUCGGAAACUUGGUCGUGUGGAGACUUCAGAUCGCGAACCUCAGCUGCAAUUCUUUCACUGGCACCCUACCGAGCUCAUUGGGGAACAUGUCAUACUUAACUGUCUUGGAUCUCCACAGAAACAGUUUUACCGGUCGAGUCCCGCCUGAGCUUGGCAAUCUUGCCCAGAUUCAGUACCUUGAUAUAUCCGAAAACUCGUUCGAUGGACAAAUCCCGCCCGAGUUAUGUGCCCCGACGAGCCUUUAUUAUCUCAACCUGGCGGAGAACGAGCUGAACGGCCCGGUCCCAAGAAAUGGCCUUUGCCGGAAAAUUAACAAGUCAUCCCUCACCGGUAACAAGAAUCUUUGCGGCCGUGUUUUGGAUGUAAAAUGCCCGUUGAAUAAUUUCCGAGCCCAAAAAAAGCUACCUUUGACGAACGUCUGGGGACUCGUGUCGGUCUCGAUCGGGACUAUUCUGAUAAUCCUCACCGUAAUUAUCGUUCUACGCAUCUGGCUGGCCCGAUAUGGACAUGCCGUUUUUUGGAAAGAGGCAAUCAAUGAUGAAAUGGAUUCUAUUGUAUCUAAUCAAACAUGGGAAUUGGUAGAUCUUCCAGCAGGAUCUAAACCAAUUGGUUGCAAGUGGGUGUUUCGUGAGAAAUACAAUACCGAUGGGAGUAUUCAAACCUUUAAAGCUAGAUUAGUAGCUAAAGGAUUUAAACAAAAAGAAGGUAUUGAUUAUUUCGAUACAUAUGUUCCAUUGGCAAGAACAACUUCGAUUAGGAUAUUGUUUCAAGCUCCUAAACAAUGGCAUGAAAAAUUUGAUAAUGUUAUUAUUCCAUAUGGAUUUAGACAUAAUAACGCUGACAAGUGUUUAUACUCUAAAUAUUGUGAUGACUAUAUAGUCAUAGUGUGUUUAUAUGUGGAUGACAUGUUAAUCUUAAGUGAUGACAUGAGAGGAAUAAUGGAAACGAAGAGGUUUUUAUCAUUAACCUUCAAGAUGAAAGAUCUUGGAGAAGUUGAUACCAUUUUGGUGGGGUCUGCUCGGGGACUCGCAUUCCUCCACCACGGGUUCAUACCCCACAUCAUACACCGAGACAUAAAGGCAAGCAAUAUCCUUCUGGACGAGGAUUUCGAGCCGAAAGUUGCGGAUUUCGGGCUUGCUCGUCUCAUAAGCGCGUGCGAGACGCAUGUGAGCACGGAUAUUGCGGGCACUUUCGGGUACAUACCGCCCGAGUACGGGCAGAGCUGGAAGUCGACCACGAGAGGGGAUGUUUACAGUUUUGGGGUGAUCUUGCUCGAGCUGUUGACCGGGAAGGAGCCGACUGGACCGGAUUUUAAGGAUGUGGAAGGUGGGAAUCUGGUGGGGUGGGUUGUAGGGAAGGUUAAGGCGGGGAAGGCGGUUGAGGUGCUCGACCGGGAGGUUUUGGAUGCUGAUUCGAAGCAGAUGAUGCUGAGGACUCUGCAGAUUGCGGUGCUUUGCCUGUCUGAGAAUCCGGCCGGGCGGCCGACGAUGCUGCAUGUGCUUAAGUUCUUGAAAGGGAUUCAGGAUGAGUUGGAAUAUGAUGCAUGA